AUUCAAUGAAGAGGCGAGCAGUGAGCAGUGUAUGGUCUAAGCUGCAAAGAUACAACCCGUCAUGGCUCUCACACAGAACUCCCGUGUUCUAUUAAAUGACGGACAUAAAAUGCCCAUGCUUGGAUUUGGCACCUAUGCCCCAGAGACGUAUACCAAGGAACAGGGUUGCGACAGCAUAAAGCUCGCCAUCGACGUUGGAUAUCGUCACAUUGAUGGCGCGUUUAUAUACGGCAAUGAGGUGGAGGUUGGCAAGGCCAUCAGAGAGAAGAUUGCGGAUGGGACAGUGAAGAGAGGGGACAUCUUCUAUACUGGGAAGCUUUGGAGUAGUAGUCAUGCCCCAGACCGGGUCCGCCCAGCUCUUGAGAAAACUCUGAAGGAUCUCCAGCUGGAUUAUAUUGAUCUCUUCAUUAUACACACACCUAUGGAUGUUAAGCCAGGUGAUGAUCCCAUGCCCAAGGAUGGUGACGGUAAAUUGAUCUAUCACAACACUGACCUCCGCGAUACUUGGAAGGUCAAAUGUGGAAAUGUCAAGGCUUCCUCUAUGAAGCAGGUGGCAAACACUCUAAUGUUUUUCUGA